AUGGCGUCCGUGAAGAGGAAAGCCGUCACCGAUGACCGGCCAAGCAAAAAGGUAAAGCCGGCUGAUGUGAAGGAAGAAAAGAAGCCAAAGGAGGCGAAAGAAAAGAAAGGACGGAAACCGCAGGAGGAUGAUGGCGGCGAGAAGAAGCCGCCAGUCAAGUCGAUUCUACAACAGGAAGACCGCGCCUUUCCCCGUGGCGGUGGGAGUGUCUUGACGCCGCUCGAGCACAAGCAGAUCAAGGCGCAGGCCGAGCGGGAUGUGCUGUUGGAGCAGGAACAGGAGGACGGUAAUGCGGCAGCAGGCGACAAGAGCGAUGAGCCAGCGCUAUUCGCCGAAGGCGCCGCAGCUGGGAAGAAGAAGAAGCGCAAGGAUGGACGAAAGAGCUUCGGCGAUGUCAAAGUCGAGGGUUCGGGGUUGAAAAUCCAAGGUCUGAGUUACAAGAGCCUUGUUGUCGGCAGCACCGUACUGGGCCGAGUGACCGCCGUCACCGGAAGAGAUGUUGCACUCGCGCUCCCCAACAACCUCACUGGAUAUGCACCCAUCAUCGCAGUCUCUGACAGGCUCACCGCGCGUAUUCAAAAGCUUCUGGACGAGGACGGUAAACAGCAGGACAGCGACGACGAUGAUGUGGAGGAUGUGGACCUCAAGAAGCUCUUCUACAUCGGGCAAUGGUUGCGCGCUGUCGUCACAUCAACUGGAACGGAUCCAACAGAGAAGGGCGGGAAGAGCAAGAGACACAUCGAACUUUCACUGGAUCCCGGACACGUCAAUGGUAGAUUGUCUGAGGAUAACUUUGUUCUCAACUGCACGAUUCAAGCCUCUGUCCGAAGUGUUGAAGACAACGGCGUUGCCAUGGAUCUAGGUCUCCCCGACGCGAGCGUGCGAGGCUUCAUCAGCAAGAAGGAACUUGGCUCGGCCUAUAACUUGACGCAACUACAAGAAGGUCAAGUAAUGCUGUGUCUGCUUACCGGAAAGUCCCCGAAUGGCAAAGUGUUGAAGCUUUGCUCCGACCCGAACAAGUUUUCUGUCACAGUUCCCGGCAACGUCAAAUUACCCGUUGUCAGCGAGGCACCAACUGUCGAUGCUUUCCAACCCGGAACCACUGUUGAGAUUCUCGUCACUGAGUCGGGCAGUCGAGGUGUUGUCGGGAAGGUCAUGGGCAUGCUUGAUGUUACUGCGGAUUCUAUCCACUCCGAAGCCUUCAAUGAGGAGGAUAUGGUCAAGAAAUAUAAGAUUGGGUCCAAGACCAAGGGUCGCAUCAUAUACGGGCUUCCGCAAGACGAUGGUGCCCGCCGCGUGGGGAUAUCGAUCCUCGACCAUGCACUCGCACUCAUMCCUCCUCCCACAAGACUUGCCGAGAACUCGACUGCAAAGAACAAGACGCAGUCGGCAGAGCUCGACCAACCCCUGGCUCUCUCGGCCAUCGUAGACGAUGCCAAGGUCACUCGCGUAUCUGCAGACCGUGGCAUAUACCUUUCUCUUCCUGGCAAGACUUCAAGGGAUGCACCAUCUGUCGCAUUUGCCCACAUAUCCCAAAUAUCGGACCACCGCAUCGAUUCACUGUCGGCGUCUGGUCCAUACAAGGUCGAUUCUACACACAAAGCUCGCAUCAUUUCCUACAACCCGGUCGACAAUAUCUACUACGUAUCGUUGAAGCAUUCAAUUCUCGGUCAGACUUUCCUCAGGCUUGAAGACCUGACCGUCGGCGAAAUCGUAAAGGGUACGGUCGCCAAGCUCAUACUGGGCGGCGCAAAGGGUGUUACUGGUGUUCUUGUCAAACUGAGCGAUAGCAUCACUGGUCUUGUGCCCGAGAUGCAUCUCAGUGAUGCACACUUGUCCCACCCAGAGCGCAAAUUCAGGGAGGGGCUUGCAGUGAAAGCCAGGGUUCUCUCUGUCGACGUCGAUAAGCGUCAGGUACGGCUGACCCUGAAGAAAACACUGCUGGAGACGGAUGACGAAUCAUCAAUCUGGAGUUCCUACACGGACCUGAAGCCUGGUAUGGGGAGUCAAGGAACGAUCAUCAAUCUCCUCCCCAACGGGGCUGCCGUGCAGUUUUACGGUGAGGUGAGAGCUUGGCUCCCGGUUGCUGAGAUGAGUGAAACCUUCAUCGAAGCACCAGAGAAGCACUUCCGCUUGGGCCAAACCGUCAAUGUUAAGAUUGUGUCUGUCAACCCAGGAUCGCGGGAGAUGAAAGUCACCUGCAAAGACAGCGGUGAAUUCAGCUCAGAGCAGCAGCAGGCGUGGGAUGAUACCACCGGUGGUGUCAUUGUCACAGGUGCUGUGACAUCGAAGACUGCUGACAGUGUCCUGCUCGAUAUUGAGAAUGGUCUCAAGGGCGUUAUCAAAAUUGGGCACCUCGGUGAUGGGUCCGCAGCGAAAGCAGAAAGCGCGUUGAAGCGUAUUCGUGUUGGCCAAAGUCUUGCAAACCUCGUCGUCCUGGAUAAACUUGAUCGCAGUCACACCGUGCAGCUGAGCAACAAACCCGCUUUGUUAGCGGACGCGCAAGCUGGCACACUCAUCAGGUCGUUUGACGAUGCACAGGAGGGUCGCAAGGUUCAUGGCUUCGUUCGGAAUGUCACACCGGAAGCUGUCUACGUUGAGUUCGCCAAUGGUACGGUCGGUCUGCUACCAAAGAGUCAAAUCUCGUCUGAAUUAUCCGCAAAGCCAGGAUUCGGGUUGAGGAAGGAUCAGACCUUGAGCCUGUGGGUGAGUGGGAGAGACAAUCUACGACAACGUUUCCUAUUGAGCAUGAAAGAGGUCGGUGCCUCGGACGCCCAGCCUGCGAAAGCCUCAAAAUCGGCGGUAUCUCAGACUGCUACCAAUCCCACCGAUACCUCGGUCGCUACCGUGGCGGACUUUUCACUUGGUAAAGUUACCAAGGCCUGCGUGGUAUCUGUAAAGGCUACGCAGGUCAAUGUACGCCUUGCGGACAAUGUCCAAGGUCGCAUUGAUGUCAGCGAAGCGUUCGACUCAUGGGAAGAGAUUGCCAACAAAGCCGUUCCCCUAAGCAAGUUCAAGCCAGGCGAUUUGAUCGAUGUCAAGAUUMUUGGCAUCCACGAUGCACGUAACCACCGAUUUUUGCCCAUCAGCCAUCGCCAAGGCAAAGUUCCAGUGUUUGAGUUAUCUGCGAAGAAGCAACGGAUACAAGCCGGAGAUGAAUCUCUGCUCAGUUUCGAUACAGUCAAGCAGGGCCAGUCGUGCUUGGCAUUCGUGAACAAUCACGCGGAGAACUGCGUUUGGGUCAAUCUCUCACCCAACGUCAGAGGACGCGUUGCCCUCAUGGAUCUCUCGGAUGAUGUCGGCCAGCUGCAGAACGUCGAGAAUCGAUUCCGAACUGGGUGCGCGUUAAAAGUGAAGAUCAAGUCGAUUGACAUCGCCACUAACAGACUUGACUUGUCUGCAYGGCAGAAUGAAGGAUCCGCCGGUCCUCUCAAGUUGAAGGAUCUCACCCCCGGAAUGGUCCUGCCUGCCAGGGUCACCAAAGUCUCCGAGAGUUCCGUCCUGGUAGAGAUCUCUGAUAAUCUUGCUGGACCUGUCCCUCUUGUCGAACUGAGCGACGAUUAUGACCAGGUCAACACUUCACAGUACAACAAGAAUGACAUCGUGCGGGUUUGCGUGCUGGGCGUAGACUUGCCGAAUAAGCGGGUAUUCUUGAGUUUGCGUCCUUCCAAAGUUCUCAGCUCGAGCCUCCCCGUCAAGGACGCUCAGAUCACGGACGUGUCGCAACUCAAAGCCGGAGACAUCGUUCGCGGCUUUGUGAAGCAUGUAGCCGAGAAGGGCGUCUUCGUGGCACUGGGCGCCCGGGCGGACGCUUUAGUGCGCAUCUCUGACCUGAGCGACCAGUACAUCACAGACUGGCAGAGCAUUUUCGAGAUUGAUCAGCUUGUCAAGGGCCGAGUUCUAUCGGUCGAUGCCGCUAGCAAGCAAGUCCAGCUCAGCUUGAAGAAGUCACAUGUGGACAAGAACUACACUCCGCCUCUCAGCAUCGACGACUUGAAAGUUGGAAUGAUUGUCACUGGCAAGGUCAGAAAAGUCGAAGAGUUUGGAGCUUUCAUUGACAUUGACAACACCAUGCCAAGACUUUCUGGACUUUGCCAUCGUAGCGAAGUCGCGGCGAAGCGUGUUGAGGAUGUCAGAUCUCUUUACAGCGCUGGAGAUGUUGUCAAAGCCAAAAUUCUCGACGUCAACACUGAGAAGCGCAAGAUCAGUCUCGGCUUGAAAGCGAGCUACUUCACGAACACCGAAGAAGAAGAUGGGCAAAGCGAAGACAGUGAUGUCGAGAUGGACGAUGGUGGCGUGGGGGUUGACACUGACGAGAGCGACGAGGACGCCGAUGCACCUGGCGGUGUCGAUCUCGCGAACGUCCAAGACAUGGAGGACAGUGAAGACGAUGACAUGGAUGCCAUGGACGACAUGGAUGUUGACGCGGAGCUAGCGCCCAAAUCCGGUGUGGGUCUCAAGACUGGUGGCUUUGACUGGACGGGCGACAGUCUCAAUGCUCUCGACAAUGGUGCUGUCUCCGAAUCUGAGCACGAAGGCACCUCCAGCAAGAAGCGCAAGCGCAACAAACCUGAGAUUAAGGUUGACAUGACCGGCAGUCUCGACGUGGACGGCCCAAAGAGUGUCAGUGAUUUCGAGCGACAACUUCUCGGUCAGCCCAACAACUCAGAUCUUURGAUUCGCUACAUGAGCUUUCAGGUGCAGCUUGGUGAAAUACAAAAGGCACGGGACAUUGCCGAGCGCGCCCUGCGCACAAUUCACAUUCGCGAGGGCGAGGAGAAGCUCAACAUCUGGCUAGCUUGGCUGCGACUCGAAGUCAAUUACAGCGAUGACGACCAAGUGGAUGAGGUCUUCAGGCGGGCGUGUCAGGUGCAGGAUUCUUUGGAGAUGCACGAAAAGAUGGUCUCAAUCUACAUCGACCAUGGUAAGAACGACAAGGCCGAGGCUGUCUWCGAGAAAAUGGUGGCCAACAAAGCUUUCCGUGCCAGUCCGGAUGUAUGGAUGAAUUAUGCGACUUUCCUGAUGCGUACGAUGGACGCACCAGUGAAGGCUCGUGCUCUGCUGGCGAAGGCUCUGCAGUCCGUCCCGUCAAGAGAACACCGCCAGCUCACAGCAAACUUCGCUGGUCUGGAAUUCCGCUCGGACAACGGUGAUGCUGAGCGAGGCCGCACCAUCUUUGAGGGUCUCACUGAUGAAUGGCCGAAGUGGACAACUGGAUGGGACAUGUGGCUGAACAUCGAGAAGUCCCGCAUUGCCAGUGCUCAAGGCGAUGAGGCAAAGAAGGAAGCGAGAGAAAAGACUAGGGUCUUGUUUGGAAGGAUCGCUGCACAAAAAAUGAAGAAGCGCAGAGCGAAGAUGGUUUUCAAGCAAUGGCUGGAGUUCGAGGAGAAGGAAGGAACCGAAAAGCACAUUGCGGAUGUCAAACAGGCAGCUCAGGAAUAUGUUGAGAAGCUUCAAGCUCGGGGCGGAGAUGAAGACUUGUAA